GCGGAAGCAGAACAGGCUCUGAGCGUGGAGUGUGGGAAGAUUUGCUCUGUUUUGGUUUUAUGAUUAAAAAAAACGUCGAAAGAACAAUAGGUGGAGUUGGGACCAUGGAGCCUGAGAGGAAGCGUCUGAAGAUCUCAGAUUGCGACGUGGACUCGUGGGAGGUUGUCCCCGUUCUCUCCGAUGAACUUUCCCAAGACGUUGAGCUCGUCGAUGCCUUCGCCGCCCCCAUUCUGGACAAAAAACAAACUUCAAAACUGGUCCAGCAACUGAACACGCUGCACCCGCUUACCAGCCUCGCUCAUCUGAAACGGGUCCGCCCCUGCAAAAACAAGGACUCCCCGCACGCUUUGGAGAUUUUAAUUUGUUCGGUCAACGACGCCGACGAGCCGUGCCAUUUCGACUGUUCCAACGCAGGCCUCGGCGAACCGUUUGCCGUCAAAAUUCCGCGUACGCCUCCGUUAACUCGGCGACAAUUCGAGCAGGCGAGCGAGCAUUGGCCGACAUGUUUCCACGAGGUCAAGCAAGUAACCGCGGCCCUGAGAGGCGAACUUUUCAACGCCAAACAAAAAGCCAAAAUGCGAGAUUAUAUGAUGCUAGCGAUCGACUCUGCGAAAGCGGGGAAAGAUCUCGGGAUGAGCGCUGUCGGAGCGGUUGUCGUCGACCCGAGUUCAGAUAAAGUCAUCGCCGUGGGUCACGACUGCAGCAAAGAUCACCCGCUUCAACACGCCGUAAUGGUUUGUAUCGACUUGGUGGCAAAAAGUCAAGGCGGCGGUUGCUAUACUUACGAGAAAUACCCAGGCUGCAAGUUCAAUUCCCCAGAUUUGGAAAACAAAACACCUCAACCGUAUAUUUGCACGGGAUACGACCUGUACGUGACGAAGGAGCCGUGCGUUCUGUGUGCGAUGGCGCUGGUCCACUCCAGAAUCGGACGGGUUUUCUUCGGGAUUCGUUCGGAAGAUGGAGCGAUGGGGACAAAGUUUAAAAUUCACACGCGGAAAGAUCUGAAUCACAGGUUUGAGGUUUUUAAAGGAGUUUUGGCUCGUGUCUGUAAAGAACUGGAAACGGACGAGCGAGACGGAAAACCGGCUGAAGGAAUCCCCGUUGUGAUCUAAUGGGUUGGGUUCACGCGGCUAAUUAGAAAUGCAUCGAUACGUUUCGGUACGUUCCAAAGGGAGAUGGCUUUAGCUGCCUCUUGACUUUGACAGCGACCCAAAACAAAGAGAACAAUGGCAGGAUCGUUAAAGGCUGAAUAAAGUAGUUUAAGCUGAAACUGGAGACUGCUGUUUACAGUUUCGGUGUCGUUAGCGCCUCCUUCAGACAGAUAUAAGGUGGUGUCCAGCAGUAAUCUGACCAGACCUGAAGAAGAAGCAGCAGCGGCUUGGACGAUCAGCCAAACGUCUUCGCUCCUGCAACGAUUUUGUCCAUUUGGCAGAUUUAAACUUUGUCUUUUGCUGCUAUUAAAAGCUCUGAAAAGUCCAUUUUUGCAGUACAACAUUACAAAACAGGAAAUGUGUACUUUUAUUUUGUAACACGUUCCAUAUUGCAUAAAUGUCAUUAAAAUGUCAGAAGACCAAU